CGGCCGGCCAAGCUGAAAAAUUCAACAACGGAUAAAAAAACUAAAAGUUAUACUAAAACAAAAAAAACUAAAGACUUGUUGGUUAUCCUUCUUGUAGGUUUAGUAUAGCUAAGUUAAGUUUAACAAGAUGAAUCCCGCUGUUACCAACAUUGUUAUCAUGCUUGUCAUGAUGCAAGUUUCUCGUCGUUUAGAUUUAGAAGAUCCAACUAUUUUAUUCUAUGUUAGAGUCGCUUAUGGUUCAUGUCAAGCACUUGCCUUAGCUAUUUAUUUAUUUGUUAGAGCUAAAAUUAAUGCUAAGAAUGAUUUAACUACUUUAAAAUAUGUUGAACCUGCUAAUGCCUUUGGUGGAGAACCAGAACCAAAAGCUGUCGUUACCACUGUUAAAGAAUAUGAUUUACAACAAGUUAAUACUCAAAUUAAAGGUAUCUUUAGUGGAUUAGCUAUGAUGGGAUUUAUGCAUAUUUAUUUAAAAUAUACUAAUCCAUUAUUUAUGCAAUCUAUUUCUGGUAUUAAAUCUGCUUUAGAAUCUAAUAUUGUUAAGAUUCAUCUUUUUGGUUCUCCUGCCACUGGUGACUUAAAGAGACCAUUUAAAGCUGCUCCAGGUUUCUUACAAGCUUUAACUGGUGGUGCUGAUGUUUUAACUGAUAAACAAUCAGUUGAAAAUGCUGAAAUUAGUGGUAGAGGUGGUAUUAAAGAAGAUUAAUUGAUAUAUUAUUUUGUAUACAUUUUCAAUUCUUGUUGUUAUUGUUCAUAAUUUUAGAAACAUACAUAUAUAUUGCUAAUUAAUUCUAUAUAACAC